AUCUCCAAGCCAGUGGAACAGACUUUUUACUCACUAUAGAUUUUACUUUACACAGGUUUUUUAUCUUCAAAUACUGAAAAUGGUGAAAGAUAGCAUGUAUGGAAGAGUCAUUAUUAUGUUUAUACAGUUCGUGGUAAUAUUGUCAAGGGAUGUAAGCGAGAGCGAGCGGGGUACCCGAGCGGCGUUUAUACAGAGACUCUUGAAUAAACAGAAAAUUUUAGAAGGUAGAUUUAAGCUCCUUGGAGGUUCGAAUAUAUUCGAAGGUAAUGUUUACAUUUAUCAUGCUGGCCGAUGGGGGGCAGUCUGUGACGACUCUUGGGAUGAUGCAGCUGCUCACGUGGUAUGUAGAGCCUUUAACAAAACUGGUGUCGCUACACAUGGAAGUCAAUUUGGAGAAGCUAAUGAAAAAUAUUGGAUGGACGAUGUUGUAUGCGAAGGAAAUGAAAAAUCUUUAUCACAGUGCAUAUUUUCUGGAUGGGGAACAUCAGACUGUGAACCGAGUGAAGCGGCUGGUGUCGUUUGCAAAGACAAUCUUGAAAAUAGCAUCCCAAGUAAUAUUAAGAGAAAACCGAAUAAACUCAUACAUGAAGCUGUUAAUGUUAGAAGUUUCAGCUUAAGGCUCGUUGGAGGUCGAAGCCCAAACGAAGGUAGAAUUGAGAUCUAUCAUAAUGGAAUAUGGGGUAGCAUUUGUCCAGAUGGCUGGACUCUCUAUGAGGCAUCUGCAAUCUGCCACCAUUUGGCUCUUGGUUUCGCUGAACAGGCAUUGCAAACAAAUUACUUCGGCAGCUCUAAGAUUAUCUUAAGCGGUGUCCAAUGUGAAGGAAAUGAAACGAACCUCUUCAUGUGCAAACAUAAAGAUUUCGGCGAUGUCGUUUGUCCUGGUGAAUCAGGUCACGUAGCAGCUGUAGUUUGUACUCGUUAUUUAGCUGAUCUAUAUCUGGAUGCGUCAACUAUAGAACGAACAUCCCACCUUCAAGAUGUACCGAUGUUUCAACUCCAGUGCGCGAUGGAAGAGAACUGCCUAAGCAAAUCCGCAUACGAGAUUCAGAAAACAAAUCCCAACUGGCAGUUUGAAACGCGACGACUGCUUCGCUUUACAGCCUCCUCUCUGAACAUUGGCAAUGCGGAAUUCAGGCCGUAUUUACCUAAACACCUUUGGCAAUGGCACCUUUGUCACAUGCACUAUCACAGCAUGGAAGUUUUUGCAACAUUCGAUAUUCUAGAUGUAAAUGGAAAACGAGUUGCUGAGGGCCACAAAGCAUCAUUUUGCUUAGAAGACAACACUUGUCUCCCUGGUGUCGAGCGUAAAUACUCGUGCAAAAAUUAUGGCGAUCAAGGGGUCUCCGUAAACUGUUCGGAUGUGUAUCAAUACAACAUUGACUGCCAGUGGGUGGAUGUAACUGACGUGGAGCCUGGAGAUUAUACUUUCAAAGUAGCGAUUAAUCCUCACGCACGAGUUGCAGAACAGAGUUUUCACAACAACGCAGCUCUGUGUGUACUACGCCUAACAAAUUCUUACGCUUACGUGCACGGAUGUACAAUGCAGCGGCCUUAGUUAAAAUUAUUUAAUAUAAGUAGUUAUAUAUACUACUAGUGUCUUCACAUAAGAGGGGUGGACAUUGGCGAAGUAUCUAUGCGUUUUUCCAUAAUAUAAUCUAC